AUGUCAGAUGGGAAUCAUCGAAACAACCAAACACCAGCAGUCAGAUCGACUGGCCCAAAUGAAGCAUCAGCCGGUAGCAUAGCAGCUGCAAUUUCUGGACUACUUCUCUUACGUUCAAGGUUUCGUCGAAAUGCAGUAUCCGAAUCUAGUGGUCCCUUGACUCAGGUGCGGACCAGGGCGAGUAUCAUGCGGGAUACUUCAAGCAAUUCACAGCAAGCAGUCAACCAAGGAGGAGUUCAGCGUCCGAGACAGGCAGAACGGAAGCGCGGCGCUGGGAGAAGCUCUACUGCUCCCCAAGCAGCAUCCAAUGCGUCGCCAAGCAUAAAUUUCGGGGCUGGAAGGCCUGGGUUCACUGCCUUCCAGGGUAUCAUAAGGCACGCUCACAUAAUUUUCCACUUUGCCAAUUGCCUCGACAUUGACGACCUCAUUGCUCUCUAUUCCAUCUCAAAGGAUUUCCACGAUAUCAUCGACUCAGCCAUGACUGCGGUUAUCCUAGCUAAAGCCAUGCAACAUGCCCCAACUGCAGCAACGAUUUUCCCAUUCAGAUGCUACCGUAAGCUCUGCAUCGAUGAUCCUUUGGUAGAAUUGGAUCGAUCUCGAGGCCACUCCCGUCUAGUGCCCUCAUUCCGCUGGUUGCGCAUGGUAUGCUGGCGUGAGCAGGUUGCAAAGAAAACGUUCUGGCUCUUCAACAAUGAGGGCCUCUGGCUUCCACGGGAGUGCGAAAGUGUUAUCAAAAAAGUCUGGUUCCUCAUGGACAUUCCAGAUAACCAGCGGCGCAUGGCUACCAUUCAGAAUUCCGAUCUAUGGACUACAUCAGACCUCUUCCAUGCAAUCAUGUUCUUUAUGAGGAUUGACAUGCGAUGCAUCAACCCGAUCGUCCCAGUGUCUCACGGCAAUAUCAGACGCAUGCUACUAGCUCAGCCCACAAUGAGUAUGCUCUAUCGCGUCAUGGCACGUACCUGGCUCACCGACACCCACGAAGCCCUCCAGACAUACCUUCGAUGGAAAUACAGAGCUACUGAUCGUGAGAAUCACCCUCUUUUUGGCGUACCGAGGUCUGAGUUGGGUAGAAUGCAGUAUGAAGGCUAUGGGGUUGGGGGUAGUCGAGUCAAGCUCCAGCGGCCAGACGACUCUAGUAUCCUGCACUGUUACCUCGUCUCGCAGAGCCCCAAUUUCCAGGCAACAAGGCGACAAAGCCGUACAUUCCAGCAAGUCGAGGCCCUUCUCGAAAUAUCUAUCAGAACUCUUAACAGCAAGCUGGUUGAUGCUCUCAAUUUAAGAAAUCAGCAACCCCGCACCAGUACAAACAUGGCUGACGCCGGCCAUACCUUCUUCUUCUAUGGCACUCUCAUGGUCCCCGCCAUCCUGCACCGCAUAAUCCACGGAAGUCCAACCCCUGAGCCAUGGCAGAAAGCACUUAUAACCACCCGCCCAGCUCUCCUACCUGGCUACCGACGCUAUCGUGUCAUAGGUGCAGACUAUCCAGCCGUACUCAAGUUACCAUCAUCGUCAGAGGAGGCUGCUGCUUCUUCCGUGCUUGGCGUUGUCGUAACCGGGCUUACGGAGGGUGAUAUUAUUCGGCUCGACUCUUUCGAGGGAUCGAAGUACACGAAGCGCCCCGUGACAGUCAAAGUUGUUAAGAAUAGCACUACUACCAGCAGCCGGGAUGCAGCGGAAGGUGAUGAUGAGAAUGACAAUGUGGCCUUGCAGCGCGGACUGGCCGAGACUGCUCAUCUAGCUGAUGGAUCCGUGACUGACACGGAGGAGGUCGAGGCGACGACCUACGUGUGGACGGAUCCGGAGUCUUUGCUGGAGUUGAACUCCGAAUGGGAUUUUGAAUCGUUCAAAAGGGAUAAAUUGCAAUGGUGGAUCAAUGCUCCGGAGAGUGAACUGUAG